AUGUCCGUGCGCACUUCGGUCAGCCGCGCCGCCACUCAGACCUGCGCCGCAGUUUCGCGGUCCGCGUUUCUCGGCGCUAGACCCGCAGCGGCUCGGUUCUCUCCUGUCGCGGAUCUGCUCCCCGUGGUGAAUGCGCCGUCGCGACCGGCGUCGACGCAACUGAAAGUGGUGGCGAAGGAAGGGUACAAGCUUAAGACGCACAAGGCUUCCGCCAAGCGCUUCCGAGUGACGGGGUCGGGCAAGGUGGUGCGCCGACGGGCGUGGCGCGCGCAUUUGCUGAGCAAGAAGAGCCCCCGCCGGAAGAACCGCCUCGCGGGCAUGACGGAGGUGUUCCGAGGUGACUUGGACAAGAUCGUGGGCGCCAUGCCUUACCUCAAGGUGAACCGCAAUCGCCUGCCGCCCUCUGCUGUGGUGUAUGAGGAGGAGGAGGGUGAGGAGGAGGAUGCCGAGUAA